GUGCCGCGCGGCCCGGCACGUCCACAGCCGCUUGUCCGGCCUGAGGAGGGGUUGGAGGUCACUGGCUUUGUGUUCCUGCUUGCCUGCACGUAAGCAGGAAACGGUGAGGGGCCGCUGGGCGAGCAACCCCACACCUGGCUCCCCGAAGAGUGGGCGGGGAGUGGCCGGGACCAGAUCUCCCGGGAGCUGCGGCGUGUCAUGGCCCCGAAGGACCUGAGGAGCAGGGCCUGGAACAGCCAGCUGUUGUGACUCACCUGUACGAGGCAACUGGAAGGUUCUGUUGCAGAAGAAUUCCGGCUAUGGGUGAAGUCAGCAGGACCCAGCAGCCUGAACAGACUACACAUUGAAGAAACAGAAUGAAGUUAAUCAGUGAAAAACUGCCUGUGGGUCCCCAGAAUGCUACAUUCCACUGUGCUGCCAACACUGGGAAGUUAACCACAUGGGAAAAAGAUAAGCAAGAUUAUUACAAUCAUACGAAGUUAGUGGAAAAGGCAUUACAGUUACUGAAGGAAAGAAUAAGAAAAGGAGAUCCUCUGGCGCGUUUCCUGAGAGGUCAACUAUACUUUGAAGAGGGAUGGUAUGAGGAGGCAUUAUAUCAAUUUGAAGAAAUCCAGGAGAAUGAUCAUCAAGCUGUUUACCAGUUGGGAGUUAUAUAUUAUGAUGGGCUGGGAACGAAAGCAAAUCCUGAAAAAGGAGUGGAAUAUAUGAAGAAAAUUCUUGAAUCUCCAUGUCCCAAAGCAAGGCAUUUAAAAUAUGCGGCUGCAUACAACUUGGGAAGAGCUUUUCAUGAAGGACAAGGUGUUCCACAUAAUGAUGAGGAAGCUGAAAGACUAUGGCUUUUUGCUGCAGACAAUGGGAAUCCAAGAGCUAGUGUCAAAGCUCAGAGUAUCUUGGGAUUGUACUAUUCUACAAAAGAGCCUAAAGAGUUAGAGAAGGCAUUUUUUUGGCAUUCAGAAGCUUGUGGCAAUGGAAACCUGGAGUCCCAGGGUGCGCUUGGUCUCAUGUACUUUUAUGGACAAGGUAUUCAUCAAGAUACUGAGGCUGCCCUUCAGUGCUUGAGGCAAGCCGCUGACCGUGGGAAUGUCUACGCUCAAGGCAAUCUUGUGGAAUAUUACUAUAAAAUGAAGUUUUUUACAAAAUGUGUCGCAUUUUCAAAAAGGAUUUCUGAAUAUGAUGUCUGCUAUGAUGUUCCCACAAUAGCCCAAAUGACUGACUGUCUUCCUGAAUAUAUAACCAAAGGCAUAGCGAUGGCUUCCUUCUACUAUGCAAGGUGUCUUCAGCUUGGCUUGGGUAUCACAAAGGACGAGGCAGAAGCCAGAAAGUAUUAUUCCAAGGCAUGUCAUCUGUGUCCUUCACUGGCUGAUGAACUUUACUCUUUGGUUAUUUGUCAAAGAAUUUAAGCUAUAAUACAUAGUAGCAAAGAUGAGCAACUCCUAAUUAUGUGUGUAUUUUUUGUAGUAGUUUUAUAUUUCAUUUUUCUGUAUAUGUAAUUAUAGGAAUUUUACUCAGCUGGGCAUGUUACUUAUGACACCAUCUGUGCUCUUCAAUUCAGACACUCUGUCUUUCACAAUAUAAAACACAAAUUAAUGUCAUGAAGUCCUUGGGACCCCAGGAGAUGUGCUGGGACUAGUAAGAAACUAUUCCAUAUAGAAAAACACAUUUUAGAAAGAGAAGUAGCCUUCUGUGUUCUUUGAAAUCACUAUUAACUGUUUUUUUUAAAACUAUCAUUGCUUGCAACCUUCUUCUAUAUAUUGUUAUUCUAAGAUAUUAAUUAAAAUGGGUAAAAAUAAAAUUCUGU